CUCAUUUGACAUUGCCAUCAAAACAUAAGCACUCUUUUCUCUAAAUCCACCUUCUUCAGAUAUCUAAAUCAUCUUUCACUCUCUUCACUGAAUUGCAACUUGCUUCCAGUAGUGGUCUCUAAUUUGCAGACCUCUGUUGGAUGCUGUUGCAUUUCUUCAGCUGAUAAUUACUGUGUUCAUCACUAGUUUUGGGAGAUGUCAGCCCCUCUUAGCAAAAGCUUACAGCUAGCUUCAACAUUGAAGAUCGAAGAAGAAGCCAUGGUGACAAAGACUCAAGGUAUUGGAUCCAUUCUUGGGUCUGAUUCUGAAAGAAGUAAAUCUUGUUCACUGAGAAGAACGCUGUCAGCUGAUAUGUCGUCAACCAAAUGGAUUACACAACAUGGGUUGUCUCCCAUGAAAAAGAUUGCAUCUUCUAAAGAGUUCACAAUCUCUUCUAUCACUGACUCUUCAGAAGGAGAAGAAGAGGAGGAGACUGAGCUACAAAGCCACUUUCAUUUUUGGAGCUUAAUUCAAGAAGAGGUAAAAGAGAAGAAAGAGGUUGAAGAAAAGCCUGGCCAAUUCGACAUAUGGAGUUCAAUCAUAUCACAAAAAGCUCAAGAUGCCUCCAACAAAUCACUUCCACCUCCUUAUGUCCACCCUCUUGUCAAAAGAAAAGCCAAUUCUUUAACCAAAAAAAGCCUUGAAAUUUGCACCGAGAGUCUUGGAUCUGAAACUGGCUCUGAUGGUUUCUCUUCUUACCCAUCAUCAGAGACUGGUGACACCGACGACGACAAAGAGAUGGACCAAGAACAACCUCUUCAACAACAACAAGAUGACAGAAUGACAAAGAGUUUUGAUGUUGAAGAAGUGAUAGUUCCCAAGUACAAUUAUGCUGUUGUCAAGAAAUCACCACAACCAUCAUUCCCUCCUCCAAUUUCUUCUCUUUCUUAUCACGAUGGAGCUUCUAUUCGUAUGCAGUCUCGUCGCGACAAUGGCAGAUUAGUUCUUGAAGCUGUUUCUGUUCCUUCAACUAACAACUUCCGCGCUCAACGACAGGAUGGCCGUCUUGUGCUUACUUUUGUCAACACUAAUGAAAUGGACUAUAAAGAAGUAGUGGAAGAGAAGUUUGAAGAGGAAGAAGAAGGAGAGGAGGAGGAGGAGGAAGAGGAUACAGAGGAAGAAGAGGUGGAGGAGACUGAGAAUGAAAACAAAGGAGUAGAAAUGGAGAUUGAAUUUAUGAUGGAUCAGGAAGCGCCAAAAUUGUCCAACAUGGUGCUCAAUGUGCGUGGGUUGACGCUGGUUAUGAAUAAGCAAAUGGGUUUGGCAAAAACAAAGCCAACGUGGGCUAACAAGUUCAAUGAAGUGGUGAAAUUCGAUGAGGUGGAGUACAUGAAGCCUUCAAUACUAGCACAAUCACUUCCUCCGCCGGCAAGGAUGGCUCGCCUGAUUCCAAAACCAGAGGCGGCAACAGUGGGCACCGCCACGGGGGCUACAUUCAAUGCUUAUGAGUACUACUGGAGGCCCAAGCCCAUGGCAGCUGGGCCUGCGGUAGUUCCCAAACAAAAAUUACCGGAAAACAGCAAGUUUAUUCUCUCGAAGAAUAAAAAUUCAGUGGACGAUGGGCAGAAACAAGUACUGCUGUUGAGUGGGAAAAAGGGAGAUUAUUUGCUUCCUUUGACGAAGAGCUGCAAGGACCCAAGAAGGUCUCUUUUGUUUUGGGAACCUUAUUGCAUUGCUACUUCCUGAAAUGCAACUCCAUCAUCAUUACUGUUAUUAUUUACCAUAACUUCUCGAGUCUGUGUAAUCAAAUAAAAGAACGAAGAAGGGCGACAGUACUUUGAUUUAGAAAAUCAAAGCGAAAGAGAGAUUAACAGUGCACAUUUAUAUAAAUAUAUAAUAUAAUAUUCAUAUGUAAUUCUAUAA